GAUGGCUGCCGCGGUGGCCGAGGUGGCGGCGCUGCGCCUGACGCGGCAGGAGCAGGAGCUGCGCCGGCUAACGGCGGAGGUCGGCCGGCUGAAGGAGCGGGACGUACCGUGCGGCCCCGAGAGCUGCAGUCCCGAGCUGCAGCGGCUGAGGGCCGAGAACGAGAAGCUGCGCUACCGCCUCCUGCAUCUGCGCCGCAGCCUGGCAGCCGAGCUGAGCAGGGCAGCGCCGGCGGAGCAGCGGCAGCCCGGGCCCGCGGCGGCGGAGCCCUCCGUCGGCGGCCAGAAAACCUCCAGUGCAAGUCCAACUGUAGCAGUGAAUCAAAAUAAAGAGGAAAAGAAAAAAGAAAAUGGAGGCGUGGACCAACAUCAGAAGUAUCUACAGUGUGAGCCAAGUUUCAUUGAAGACAGACUGAAGCUUUACGAAGCACUGAAGAAAGAACAUGAUGCCUUGCUGGCUUACAGAGCAGCCAACCAGAGCAAACCCAUCAAAAUUACUCUGGCAGAUGGAAAGAUGGCUGAAGGGCAAUCUUGGAAAACCACACCGUAUCAAUUGGCUGUAGGAAUUAGUCAAGUGUUGGCUUCCAAUGCUGUCAUAGCCAAAGUGAAUGGUGAAUUGUGGGACCUGGAUCGUCCGCUGGAGGGAGCUUGUACUCUGGAGCUCCUUACGUUUGAUAAUGAAGAAGCAAAAGCUGUUUAUUGGCACUCAAGCGCUCAUAUUCUUGGAGAGGCCAUGGAAGGUUAUUUUGGGGGCUGCUUAUGUUAUGGCCCACCAAUUGAGAAUGGAUUUUAUUAUGACAUGUAUAUUGAAGACAGAGGUGUAUCUAGUACUGAAUUCCCACUACUAGAGAACCGCUGUAAAAAUAUCAUAAAAGAGAAGCAGGCUUUUGAAAGGCUGGAAGUAAAGAAGGAGAUCCUCUUAGACAUGUUUAAGUAUAACAAGUUUAAGUGUCGUAUCCUUAAUGAGAAGGUGAACACACCAACCACCACCAUAUAUAGAUGUGGUCCACUGAUUGAUCUCUGCAGGGGUCCACAUGUGAGACACACUGGAAAAAUUAAGGCCCUUAAAAUAUUUAAGAAUUCAUCUACAUAUUGGGAAGGAAAAUCUGACAUGGAAACUCUGCAGAGAAUAUAUGGAAUAUCCUUUCCUGAUAACAAAAUGAUGAAGGAAUGGGAAAAAUUCCAAGAAGAAGCCAGAAACCGAGACCAUAGGAAAAUUGGGAAGGAGCAAGAACUCUUCUUCUUUCAUGAUUUGAGUCCUGGAAGCUGUUUUUUCCUCCCCAGAGGCGCCUUUCUUUAUAACACACUUGUGGAUUUCAUAAGAGAGGAAUAUCACAGACGUAAUUUUACUGAAGUUGUCUCUCCAAACAUCUACAACAGUAAACUCUGGGAAGCUUCAGGACACUGGCAGCACUACAGUGAAAAUAUGUUCUCUUUUGAAAUUGAGAAGGAAACUUUUGCUCUUAAACCAAUGAAUUGUCCAGGACAUUGCUUGAUGUUUGCCCAUCGCCCACGAUCCUGGAGGGAAAUGCCUCUUAGACUUGCAGAUUUUGGAGUUCUUCAUCGAAAUGAACUCUCUGGGACUCUGAGUGGCUUGACUCGUGUAAGACGCUUCCAACAAGAUGACGCUCACAUCUUCUGCACAAUCGAACAGAUUGAAGAAGAAAUUAAGGGCUGUCUUGAUUUCUUGAAGUCAGUGUAUGCUGUGUUUGGUUUUACUUUUCAACUACAUCUUUCUACAAGACCAGAGAAUUAUCUAGGAGAGUUAGAGAUCUGGGAUCAUGCAGAAAAGCAACUUCAAAACAGCUUGAAUAACUUUGGAGAGCAAUGGAAUUUGAAUCCAGGGGAUGGAGCAUUUUAUGGUCCUAAGAUCGAUAUUAAAAUCAAAGAUGCUAUUGGCAGGUACCACCAAUGUGCUACUAUCCAACUUGACUUCCAACUACCCAUCCGAUUUAAUCUUACUUACGUUGGGAGCCUGGUUAAGAGGAGAAAUAUCCCCAGUGAGUAGAGGACUGAGUCACGAAUUUGAAGGUAUUUCCUCAAUAUAAAGAUAACUCACUUUAAUGGUAAAUGCUACUGAUUGCGGGAAAAUUUAAUGAUGUCUUGUCUGCCAGUUCUGAAGACAAUUAACUGUCUAUAAUGCUAAAGAACUGUCUCAAUUGAGUCAGUUUUCCCUCUCACCCUAGUCACUGUCUCUUCUUUGAAAACAUUGCAUAAAAUCCAGAUGCGUCUUAAGGAGACAAUAUGUUUGUAAUGUUUUUAAGUGCUUCGUUCUUUUUUAUCAGAUCAAGUUAGUUAACUUUGAACAUAAACAAAAUGUGAACAGUUUUUAUUGAAAAAUCUCCCUUUGGCUUCCAGCUAGGAAGAGAGUCUUUAUCUACUGAGGGAAUUAAUAGUAUGUUGACAUGAACACACAUUUUCAGGGUUUUUUCUUGCUCUUUGUUGUAGCAUAUCAUGAAGAGUUUGAUGGGCAAGAUAGAAUAGGAAUCUUUUGUUACUUUUUGGUCGUGCUGCGUGUUCUACAGUAGACGUCAUAGCUCCUUGGUAGGUGCUAGUACUGUUAGGUAAUACUGCAACUGGCUUUUUUGAAUCACAGGAUUGUAAUUUAAGGAAAGAAAGGAGCAGUAAGGGCAGUUAAGGUCCUAUGCAAUGCAAGUAAGACAUAGCAGAAAAGGAAGAGAGGAAGAGCAUUCAAUGUUAACAUGCACAGAAGUGAACCUGAGUCAUAUGUCUCUUCAAGUUUAGGAGUUUGUGCCUGUGCAACUAGCUACAGUCAUGCUUAUUUGAAGUCACUGUGAUUACUCAGCUUUCCUUUAAAAGCCUCGGUGACAUUUUUAAUAAAAGCAGUGGAUUUUGCCUAAGUAUAUAUAUUAAAAAAAAUGUUGUCUUUGCAUGAAAAAAGUAGAAUCCAAAUUCUGAGUAGGGUUAUCUGUGUGUGAGCUGAGGGAAGCUUUUUUUAAAAAAACCUAACUUUGCUUACUCUAUUUUUCAGUAAGGAUGGUGAUGACAAGAAAAGGCCAGUGAUUAUUCACAGAGCUGUUUUGGGAUCUGUGGAGAGAAUGAUAGCUAUUCUAGCUGAAAAUU